AUGAGCUCCAACCCCUCCGUGCUGAAACUGUGCGGCGAGAUAGGUGACGAACUCGUCGGAUUCUCACCUGUUUCGUCGUCUUCUUUACUUAAAUUCGUCCAACACCCAGCAGCACACCAGGGUCCGCAACUUGCACUUCUGACGUCUUUCUCAUCGUUUGAAUACAAGGUGCAGUGCGCUGUACGGAAAGAAUCCCUCAAAGACGUCCCCAAAGAGUCUGACAGCCCUGAACAUUCCGUAAACCGUGCUAUUUCCAGAACAGACGUAACCUGCAGCGCUUCCCAAAACGCCUCUGCAACGCAAGAGCUGCCCUUCACUGGCUUUGAAACCGAAAAUAACAGCAUCUUCUCAUUCACACUCUCCCUUUCUCCACUUCUGGCAGCAUCGGGUCUUCAUAGCGUCCACGUCAAGAUACGACAUCGUUUGGUCAUGUCCAUCGCCGUUUGGGUGGAUACCGCCCCAUCUCGUCUGGAACUGCCGUCACAAUCAGAUUCGUCGUCCUCGCUGUCACCAUCACCAGCCACAACACCGCAAUCACCACAGUACGCCUUUCAAGCUGACGGGCCUCAGUUUCGUACCUUCAUCUCGCAUUGCGAAAACCUUAUACCUACACUACGACAAUCGCUUAAAUAUACACAUGAAAGGUGUGCAAAGGUGGUGGAUUUAAUCAACGCGACCAUCAAGGAGAUGUCAGGCUUGGUUUCCUGCGCACAAGACGUCGCCAGGUUGAGUCCUUCUUUUCCUCGAGAGUUCAACACUGUCACAAAUGCGCUAAUAUCCACCCUCAAGGCAAAGACAGAAUCGCUCAAACAGCUGGAGACCGCUCUACUGAAAAACCUUAGCGUUCCUCUCGAUAAUUACAUUUCAGCUAUUGCAUUAAAGACACUAUCUGCUCGUCGUAAGCAAUAUCACGAUCAAGCUAAAAUCUUCUACUCUUAUAUGGGUAAGAAUCUAUCCAGCGCGGACUCAACCAACUUGAGUAAAAAAAUUCAGUUCGAACUAGAGAGGUUUGACUAUUUCGUUUACUUGACCGAAUAUAUUGAAGGUUCCUGUGCGCGCCGGUUCCUAUAUGAAAUAGCUCAGUGUUCGAACGUAAUGGAGCCAGUAAAGUUCACGCCUCUUGUAACCCAGAUCAAAAAUUAUCAAUCCAACCUCAAACUCUCAAAGAUUCGCACAAAUGAAAUAAGGAAACAGAUUCUGAAUUCCAAAAGUUUUUCCGAUUUCCAUUCCUCUGCUCCGGUUGGACCCCAUCGAGUAUACAAGGAAGGUAUACUCUGGGCACAAAAAGGACACGGGAAAUCUUCUGGAUGGCACAAGCAGUGGGUAGUAAUAAAUGGCUGCACGCUUUCGGAAUACGCAGAUUGGAAAACGACAGGGAAGAAGCUUUCACGCGCUCCUCUGAAGCUUACUUUUGCAUGCAUAAAAAAACAAAAUCUUGGUAAUUUCAAUGGGUUCGAGAUUAUCACCACCGAUGAAGUUACACGGUCCUUUAGAGUUGAAAGUGAAAGUGAACUGGAACAAUGGUUGAAGGUUCUCCAAGAGGCCGCUGCCACUGGAGUGCAGGGUCCAACGAAAAAUACUGGACAAAGUGGUAUUGAGGUGACAGAAAUUGUCUCCAAUUCGGACACUUCAAAUGUCUUAUGUUGCGAUUGCGGGAGCGCAAACCAAGUCGAAUGGGUUAGCAUCAACUUACUCUGCGUCGUAUGCAUAAAAUGCUCAUCGGUGCAUAGAUCUCUGGGAGCACACAAUUCAAAAAUUCGCUCUUUGAAGCUAGACACAUUCACCUCUAAGGAGAUUCUUGAGCUGAUGAAAUCUGUUUCCAAUAAAAACGUCAAUUCUAUUUACGAAGCUGAACUACAUCAAAAAGUCCUCGAUCCAGACUCUCCGCCUCAGCUUCGUUCUAUUUUCAUCACCGAGAAAUACGCGGAUAGAAAAUACGUCACAUCUUUGGAGGAGAAAGACUCAGAAGCCAUUGAGAAAAGGCUCAAUCACAAUCUAAUCAAAUCUAUUCACCUCAACAGCAUUUAUCUCCUUCAACAGUGCAUUGCCCAGGGGGUCCGUUUGAAUGAGGUCCACCUCGAACAUGAUGAGACCAUGUUCCAAUACUCAUUAAAGCAUUACCAAGGAACCAAAAACGACCCAAUUUUUUUCAUAACAGAGUUCUUACUUCUGAAUGGUUUGCAAGUGGGGCCGAUUCCCCACGAUACCUCUAGCCUUUCUAAACGAGAAUAUGACUACUGGAAGUCGAAAGUAGAAACCAAUGGUGUCUAUCGUGUCAGACCCAUUGGUCGAAGAGCUACUUCGAGAGACGCCAAGAAGGCUAACAUUGCAAGAAUCGAUACUUCUGUGGCAAACACCGUUUCCACUCGUAAGAUUUCCUCUGCAUCGGACGCAUCCAGUAACGUCGUCAAUAAAAGGUGGAGCUUUACGGGCGCUUUGCCGUCAUCAGCGAGUGCGUCGAUUAUACCAUCCAAGAGUCGUGGGUUGAAGUUUCCGAAGAUCUCAGGGGGCAAAAAUCAGUCUUGA